CUAUUGAUUAUUUUCAUCCGUUAGAUCAUAUUAUUCAACCAACUACUCACUCAACCCUAAAGAACCACUAUUAUUCGAAGUGAGGACUACAAUCAUCCUAACCACACAUCCCAUCGAUCAACGGUUAAAAAUUUAUGAGUACAAGAAGAUCUAUACUCAUAAGAGCAUAGUAACCCCAGCCUCUAUAUAUAUAUAUAUAUAUAUAUAUAUCCAUUUCUUAUUCUGCCAUUUGCACAGUUUCUCUUUCUCUGGCUCUCUCGCUCUCCCCAAAAUCUUAAAUUCUAAACCCUAAAUCCGAAAACUCGGUGAAUAUUGAGACGGGAUCAAUGGCUGCCAAUGCCGCCCCGCUGCACGUGUUCUUCCUCCCGUUCCCGGCGGCAGGCCACUCCAUCCCGAUGCUCAACGUCGCCGCCCUCUUCACGUCCCGCGGCGCCACCUCCACCGUCGUCCUCCUCCGCGCCAACGACGAUUCCGCCGAUUCCACAUCGAAUUCUAAUCGCUGCGGCGGCGGUGACAAUGACGACAAUGACGACAAUGGCGGUCUCCGGUUCCUGUCCCUGCCCUUCUCCUAUGCUGCCGCAGGGAUUGCCGAGGGGGAGGUACCGCUGCCCAGCGCCUACGCCACGCCGGAGUUCGAGGCCGCGCUCGACGCCGUCGGCGAGCCAUUCCUCGAGCUGCUGAAGGCCCACCGCCCUGACUGUGUCGUCGCCGACCUCCAGAUCCCCUUCGCCGCCGAGCACGCCGCCGCCCUCGCCAUCCCCCACCUCACCCUCCAGGUGACGUGCGCGUUCUCGCUGAUCGUGAUGGGGAUCAUCAACCACGCGAAGCCCCACCUCGGCGUCGCCUCCCCCUCGGAGCCCUUCGUCGUCCCGGGCCUCCCCCACCGGAUCGAGCUCACGCCGGCGCAGCUCCCCUCGCACCUCACCGCCCCGGUGGCGGCCGAGCGCAACCGCCGGAUCCUCGCCGCCCAGCGCGGCGGCGGCGGCGGCGGCGGGGGGUGCUCCCUGGGCAUGAUCCUCAACACCUUCCGCGCGCUCGAGCCCGCCUACGUCGACAUGCUCCGCCGCGCCGGCAGAUUCAGCGCCUGGUGCGUCGGCCCCAUCUCUUCCUCCGCCGCCGCGCGCCGGCGGCGACGAAAUGGUGAUCGGAGCGCGGCGGCCGACGGAGAGUGCCUGCGGUGGCUCGACCGGUACGAGGGCCCGCCCGGGUCGGUCCUCUUCCUCUGCUUCGGGAGCCAGGGCCGGUUCACGCGAGCGCAGCGGCGCGAGCUCGCGCGGGGGCUCGCGAUCGCAAGCGUGCCCUUCGUGUGGGUGGUGAACAAGGGAGAGGAGGAUGAUGAUGAUGAGGAGGAGGAGGAGGAGGAGGAGAGGAUUGUUAGGGUUUCGGGGUUGGGGUUGGUGGUGCGGGGGUGGGCGCCGCAGGUGGAGGCGCUGGCGCACCCGGCGGUGGGGGGGUUCGCGACGCACUGCGGGUGGAACUCGUGCGCGGAGGGGAUCGCGGCCGGGGCAGCCAUGGUCACGUGGCCGCUCUACGCGGAGCAGUUCGUGAACGAGCGGCUCCUGGUGGACGUGGUCGGCACGGGGGCGCCCGUGGGGGCGAGGGUGUGGAGCGACCGCGCGGAGGAGAGGGGGCUGGUGGCGGCGGAGGCGGUGGCGGCGGCGAUCUCGCGGGUGAUGGGGGACGGCGCGGAGGCGGAGGGCCGGAGGCGGAGGGCGAGGGAGAUCGCCGAGGAGGCCAGGCGGGCGGUGGCCGAGGGUGGCACGGCGAGCGACGACAUGGCCUGGCUCGUCGCGGAGAUACUGAGGAUCAAGGAGGAGAAGAAGAAGAAGAUGGAGGAGGAGGAGGAGGAGGAGGAGGAGAAGAUGUGAGUGUGUGGUGUGAGAGUAAAAAAUCAAAGUUACUAGAGUAGAGCUACGAUGCUAUCGGAAGUAUAGAAUAUCUAAUACUUUCGACUUUUUGGCUCAUAGAUCAGUUCCUUUAAUCAUUUCUUAUCUUUGAAUUAUUCUUAGGGAACCACUCAACUCUAGUGAUACUAUUUAAUCCUAGAGGGGACUGCGAAAUUAUCACAAUCGUAUAAUUUUGAAUCCAAGAGUCAAAAAAAUCGAAAGUAUCAAAUUUUUUAUAUUUUUGAUAGUAUAAUAUCUCUACUUAAAUAACCAUAUAAUUAUAGAAAAAUAGUAUUUGCUGUCUACUUUCUAAACUUUCUAUUGUUUGGAUGAUUUUCAA